AUGCCAGCCAACGAAGAUACCGAUGCUUUCUUAGAUGCGGUAAUGCAGCAGGACGCGCCGUCGUUGGUUCAUGAGAUCAAGCUUUUGCGCACAGAACUGUCCGGUUUUCGAAGGGACAUGUCACAGUUAACAUUGGCUAUAUCACAAAUAAAUACCAGAAUUGAUGAAGUGGAAGAAAGGAUCUCAAAGUUAGAGGAUAAAACUUUGACACAAACCCAGUCUGAUAACUGUGAGAGCCUGCUUAAAUCGGUUGCGGAGCUCCAAUACCGUCUCAAUGAGUCUGAACAGGAGAACCUGAUGAAUGACGUCGAGAUAACGGGCAUCCCGGAGAACAGCGCCGAGAACCUCACGCACAUUGCUAUGACGCUUGCUCGUAAAAUUGGUCAACAACUGGAUGAGCGUGAUAUAGUAAGCGCGCAUCGAUCUGGUCGGCGGCCUUUGAAUAAUGCCCCUAAUAACUCGUCUCGUGCGCGCCCCAUCGUCGUGCGCUUGGCGCGCAGAUCGGUACGGGACGACCUCCUGCGCGCUGCACGCGUGCAUCGCGGCGCAGACACCGCGGGAACUGAUAUCGGUGGCGAGCCUCGUCGCUUUUAUGUCAAUGAACAUUUAACUAGUACUAAUCGUAGAUUGUUUUAUAUAGCUCGUCAAAAAGCACUCGCCAUGAUGAGUUUAUGGUGGCAAUGGAUCGUCACGCUGUCGAUAUCAUGGCAAUCAACGAAACAUGGCUGCGUGAGGGCGAAGAAGGGCGUGCACCAAAUGUGCCGGGCUACCGCUUACGCCAUAUCCCUCGACCACAGACUUUGA